UUAUUCCAAGUGCGCAUGCCUCAGUAUUGGAAAUGUGAGAUGUUCACUUUCACUGAAGCAAGAGGAGCAUCAAGAUGUUUGGAAAACUGACGAAAGUAAUACUUCUGGUGCACUUAUUUGCGAGAUGUGGAAGCGCGGCAAAGAACUCACAGUUCAUCAGAGUUCCUAACGCGAUACAAAUGCCAUAUGUGAUGAUGUGGAGCUUAUCUGCCAGGGGAUUCUUUGAAUGCGCUGCGCAUUGCCGUGAAGACUGUUUGUUUCUGAAGUAUGAGGACAAUGGAUCGGGCUCAGGCACAUGUUACCUGUACAAUCUAAGGGACGAGAUCUAUACCAUGCUGAAAUUCGUGAAUGGUCCAAAUCGGUACAAAAAGGUCUAUCCCCCCGCCGAUGUUUUUGUUGGAAUCUUUGAAGGAAAAACAUGGUUCGAUGCGAGAGACUUCUGUCAGAGUCUGGGAAGCAGCUUGGCCAUCGCUGACAGCACCGCCAAGGUGGAGAGAAUGUACAACCUGAUAGGUAAUAGAGCCUGGGAAGCAGGAGGUAGAUUCUGGGUAGGAGGCCAUUUCACUGGGACGACCUGGAACUGGCUAUCCGGGGCGGUCGUGACGCCCGCUCCUUGGGCAACUGGCGAUGGAAAUUGUCUUGAGGUGUGGAAUAGACUGUGGUCCGAUUGGAAUUGCUAUUACCCGUUAUGGUCAUUUUGUGAAUAUUAGCUUUACAAACAAGUUUCAAACGUAUGCAAAACAUGAAAAUGUGUUUUUGUAAUGAGCAGUCUCAAAAUAAGUUUACUUUAGCUUAACUCUGGUUAUCUUUAAUAAAUAUAAUCAUCGUA